AGUUAGAGCUCGACCUCCAAGCUACUUCCAUAGGGAUUCGCUUCCUGACCUGGAGAGAUGACUCUGGUCUGGAGACCUUUGCUGAGAACCUUGUGCCUGGUGACCUCCUCUCCCAGGAUCCCCGAGAUGCGUCCUUCUCUGAGCCGUGCUUCCUGGACAUCAGUAACCAAGCUUGGUCUUCAUACAAAGCCCAGAAUGCCUCCAUGUGACUUCACGCCUGAACGAUACCAGUCCCUUGCCUACAACCGUGUGCUGGAAAUCCACAAGCAACAUCUUUCUCCCGUGGUAACGGCGUAUUUCCAGAAACCCUUGCUGCUCCACCAGGGGCACAUGGAGUGGCUAUUUGAUGCUGAGGGAAACAGAUACCUGGAUUUCUUUUCUGGGAUUGUCACUGUCAGUGUUGGUCACUGCCACCCGAAAGUAAACACAAUAGCUCAAAAGCAGCUUGGUCGCCUGUGGCACACAAGCACUGUCUUCUUCAACCCUUCCAUCCAUGAAUACGCAGAGAAGCUUUCAGCACUUCUUCCUGAGCCUCUUAAGGUCAUUUUCUUGACAAACAGCGGCUCUGAAGCCAAUGACCUGGCCAUGCUGAUGGCCAGAGCGCACACAAACAACAUAGAUAUCAUUUCUUUCAGAGGAGCCUACCAUGGAUGUAGUCCUUACACACUUGGCUUGACAAACGUAGGGCCCUACAAGAUGCAGCUCCCCAGUGGGAUGGGUUGCCAAUCAACAAUGUGCCCAGAUGUUUUCCGUGGCCCUUGGGGAGGAAGCCACUGUCGAGAUUCUCCAGUGCAAACAAUCAGGAAAUGCAGCUGUGCACCAGAUUGCUGCCAAGCUAAAGACCAGUAUAUUGAACAAUUCAAAGAUACUCUCAACACUUCUGUGGCCAAGUCAGUGGCUGGAUUUUUUGCAGAACCAAUUCAAGGUGUGAAUGGAGUUGUCCAGUACCCCAAGGGGUUUCUAAAGGAAGCCUUCGAGCUAGUGCGAGAAAGGGGAGGCGUGUGCAUUGCAGAUGAAGUGCAGACAGGAUUUGGAAGACUGGGCUCUCACUUCUGGGGCUUCCAAACCCACGAUGUCCUGCCUGACAUUGUCACCAUGGCUAAAGGAAUUGGAAAUGGCUUUCCCAUGGCAGCAGUUGUAACCAGUCCAGAGAUCGCCAAGUCUUUGGCUAAAUGCCUGCUGCACUUCAACACCUUUGGAGGGAACCCCGUGGCCUGUGCCAUUGGAUCUGCUGUGCUUGCGGUGAUUAAAGAAGAAAACCUACAGGAAAACAGUCAAGAAGUUGGUACUUACAUGUUACUGAAGUUUGCUAAGCUGCGGGAUGAGUUUGAAAUUGUUGGAGACAUCCGAGGCAAGGGUCUCAUGAUAGGCAUCGAGAUGGUGCAGGAUAAGAUGAGCCGCCAGCCUCUUUCCCGUGAGGAAGUAAAUCAAAUCCAUGAGGAUUGCAAGAACAUGGGGCUUUUAAUUGGUAGAGGUGGAAUUUUUUCUCAGACAUUCCGCAUUGCACCCUCAAUGUGCAUCACUAAACCAGAAGUUGAUUUUGCAGUGGAUGUAUUGCGUUCUGCCUUAACCCAACACCUGGAGAGAAGAGUUAAAUAAAGUGUUUAGAAAUAAAAAAAUCAUAAGCCUCAAGA